CCGGCAGGGCCCGACUGCCUUCCAUGCGAUCGGGCGCCCGCGUGGGUCAACGUGGGGAGCUUGAGCUGCGUUUCCUGCCCCUGGCCAGCGGCGACGUUGACAUGGCAGUCCCAUUAGAUGUGGGGUUGGUAGGGAGCGUGGGAGAUCGUCGGCGCGAAUUCUGUCGCGGUAUACAGAUGUUUUCGAUGGGGGACAAACAGCGAGGGGCCACCAACUGGCUUAUAUUCAUUCAAGGUGCUCGCUCUCGAUUACAGGUGAUGGUGGAGGCACUGCGAUCACAACUGGGAGUUCGAUUUGAGGCUGUUGGGGGGGCAGCUUCUUCGAGUCCGCCGUAUCGGGAGGUGAUGGCGAACAUGUUGCAGAUUGUUUACGAGUUGCAGGACUUGCAAACGGAUGGUCGCAUGGAUGGUCAACUGGAGGCUCUGAAGCGGUGUUGUGAUGACAUCUUUGAGGAGGGGCAGGAUGUGUACGCAGCGCUGGAGGAGGAUUGGUACUUGCACUUGGUCGAUACGGAGGAUGAGGACUACCCCAACGCAUGCAUCACCGGUGGAGACGAGCUGGAGGAGGGUCAAACUGGUGUCGAUAAUGCCCUCGUUGCGGACAAAAUUGCAACUAAUAAUAACGUGGUCAUGCAGAUCCGGGGCAAAGACAUAGGGAUCGUCAGCCUGGGCUUGUCCGACAACAACAUCGUCAACAACAACAACAACAACAACAACAAUAACAACAACAACAACACGAACAGCAACUACGAUGCAGGGAUCAUGGGCGCCGGCAAUACUGCGAUUCGAUUUUGUGUGGGGGAGCGGGCAUUGGAGGCAGACGGGCCAGUCAGGGGAGGCGACGAGUACGACGACGGAGACGAAGGCGAGUGCGAAGCACAUGACGACGACAUAGGCGAUGCGUUCCCGUUGCGGACGGCUAGCAUGGGCAGUCGGGGCGGCAAGAGUAGGGCUUCUGCAUCGACAGGACGACGGGGAAAGAAGGUGGUAGCAUGGGGUGGCGAGGACGAGGGCGACGGGGAGCCGGAGGGUGGGCGGAACUUCUGGUCGGUGGGGCAUAUGGUCGCCCUCAUCAGGGCGAAGCGGGACCAGGAUGCGCAACUGCAGGCGUCGGGCCACGCGUUAGCUCGUAUGUGGGGGAGAGAAUGGAAGUGGGCGGGCGUUCACGAGAGGUUGUUGAAGGUCGGCGUCGACAGACCGACAGAGAAAUGCGGGAAGAAGUGGGAUAAUUUGAUGCAGCAGUUCAAGAAGGUGCACUUGUUCCAGGGCGAGUCUUGGAAGGAGGACUUCUUUCGGUUGUCAGCGAAGGAGAGGCUGGCGAGGGAGUUCAUUUCCAACAUGGAGUGGGCUGUCUACGACGAGAUCAAGGGAUCGAUCGCCAAGAGUCACACAAUACACUCGCAGAAUAUCGCCGACCCCGGCGAAGCAAGAGGUGUGCAACUUCCAUCCGGGUCGUCGGGCGGUCCUGAAUCUGUCAGUGAUGGAGAUGCGGGUGGCGAUGGCAACGACGAAGACGACAGCUCGACGAGGGGUUGUUCACAAACCACGGGCAGCCCCGGUGGAUUCGGGAAGAGGAAGAGCAUGAGGCAGCAGACUUUCGAAGCCCUCACCGAGUGUAUGGAGAAGCACAAGACGCUGAUGGCGUCGACCUUGAAGAGCGCUAGCAAGAGGCAGUGCUCCAUCCAAAUUCGGCAGUGUGAAGCUUUGGAAGCGGAGGUGGAGGUGCAGAAGAAACAUUAUGCGGCGUCGGACGAAGUGAGCAAGAUGAUGUGCCAUGCGCUGAGGGAGAUAGUGAAGGCCAUACGAGACCGGUAGACACGGCUGCCCGGAAAAGAGUGCCUAGGCGAAGGCGUGGACCUUUGUCCCGGUCUCGGACCGCCACGCCAGGAAUGAUGAGUGCCCGUUUAUGGGUACACAAGGAUCGACAUUCGCCCUGUGCCACACAUAUUUGUAGGUGGGUGAUAGUUUUGGAUAGGUUGUAUGUUGCUUUCCUUCACAGCAUCGGCGAAGGCAAAUGAAAUGUUUUUUGGUGA